UCCGAUCCCCGACUAUUUGAUUUUGUUUGGUUUCCAAUAACUUUCUCGGAAUCUGAAAAUGUUGCUUCUCACUUUCCAUGGAUUCUUCACACACCCUGCCGGACAUUCCGAUUCAACGACUACCCCUUGUGGAUUAGUAGUACUACUUCUUUGAUUCUUUCAAACCAAAAAAGUAAACGAAAACCCCAAGUGGAAGUGUACGCGACGAGUUCAUGGGAUCGAACCAACCCCUACCACCACCGGGUCCUUCGUCCUCCAUGGCGGCUGCCACGGCUAGUAGGAACGGGCCACGUAGGCGUCCGGGGUUAACUCUACCUUUACCACAACGCAAUCCAACUCUGGCUGUGCCACUUCCUCUGCCUCCUCAACAACUCAGCUUCACGGAUUUGGACCGGGUCAACCGAAUCGGUAGCGGAAGUGGGGGAACCGUCUACAAGGUGGUCCACCGCCCGAGUGGUCGUCUUUAUGCUCUCAAGGUGAUUUACGGGAAUCACGAAGACUCCGUUCGCCGCCAGAUGCGUCGCGAGAUCGAGAUCCUCCGUGACGUAGAUCAUCCUAAUGUUGUCAAGUGCCAUGACAUGUUCGACCACAACGGGGAGAUCCAGGUUCUUCUCGAGUUCAUGGAUGGUGGAUCUCUUGAGGCUACGCACAUCUCACACGAGCCUCGCCUUGCCAACAUCGCCCGCCAGGUUCUUAGUGGAAUCGCUUAUCUUCAUGGGCGAAAGAUUGUUCACCGUGACAUCAAGCCCUCUAACCUUCUCAUCAACUCUCGCAAGAAUGUUAAGAUUGCCGAUUUCGGGGUUAGCACGAUUCUCGCGCAAACCAUGGACCCUUGCAAUUCAUCGGUGGGCACCAUAGCCUACAUGAGCCCGGAAAGAAUCAACACCGACUUGAACCAUGGACAAUACGAUGGUUGUGCUGGGGACAUAUGGAGUUUGGGGGUCAGCAUAUUGGAGUUCUUCUUGGGUAGGUUCCCGUUCGCGGUGCCGAGAGGUGGGGAUUGGGCCAGUUUGAUGUGUGCCAUAUGCAUGUCAAGACCACCGGAGGCACCGGCUACUGCUUCCAGGGAGUUCAGGGAGUUCAUAGCUUGUUGCUUGCAGAUAGAGCCAGGAAGGAGAUGGACCGCAAAUCAGUUAUUGCAGCAUCCGUUCGUGGUGAGGAUUGGAGGAGGACAAAGCCAGAGUUUACACCAAUUAUUGCCUCCUCCUCGCCCACUCUCUUCCUAGGUAGUAUUGUUUUUGAUUUUUGAUAUGAUGGGUUGUAUUUUAUUUUUAGGGGAAAAUGAGGAAGAUGUGCUUAAUGUUUCAAGGUUCGGAUCAAAUCUCUUUAAUGAUAAUGUUAACCAGAAUAGGAAAAAAGAGAACUACUGUUUUUGAUGACAAGCUUAAUGCAUCAUUUUUUACUUCUGUUUCAAAGAUUGGUUACGGGAUAUAAACUAUAAACCGUCCAUUGGAUAGAACUUUUAUUCCAUUUGUGGUUAAUUGUUGUUCUGGUUGGCUAUUCCAAGGUUCAAAUAAAAUCAAUCUGUGAUUGAUGAUAAUAUUCGCCUGUGAGGGAAAA